AUGGUUGUUGAGAAGAAUGGUAGCAAGAAUCAUCAUCACCAAACAUUUGAUGUAUCCAUUGAUCAACAAUUUGAUUCUAAGUUUUUCGAUGAUGACGGUCGCGUCAAACGAACCGGCACAUCUUGGACUGCAAGUGCCCAUGUAAUAACAGCUGUGAUUGGUUCUGGAGUGCUGUCUCUAGCUUGGGCUAUAGCUCAGCUUGGAUGGAUUGCUGGUCCUGUUGCCAUGCUUCUCUUUGCUUGGGUUACUUAUUACACCUCCAUUCUUCUAUGUGAAUGUUAUCGUAAUGGCGAUCCCAUCAAAGGCAAGAGAAACUACACUUACAUGGAAGUUGUUCAUUCAAAUCUUGGUGGUUUUCAAGUCCAGUUAUGUGGCAUAAUUCAGUAUCUCAACCUUGCGGGGGUUGCGAUCGGAUACACGGUAGCAUCUGCCAUAAGCAUGAUGGCAAUUGAAAGGUCAAAUUGUUUUCAUAGGAGUGGAGGAAAAGAUCCAUGUCAGAUGAACAGCAACAUUUACAUGAUUGCUUUUGGUGCAGUGCAAAUUGUAUUCUCUCAAAUUCCAGAUUUUGAUCAAUUAUGGUGGCUUUCCAUUGUUGCUGCUGUUAUGUCCUUUACAUAUUCGACAAUUGGUCUCGGCCUUGGUAUUGGAAAAGUUAUAGAGAACAAAAAGUUUGCUGGAACCAUUACUGGGGUAAAUGAUGUGACAAAAGCUCAGAAAACUUGGGGGAGUUUGCAAGCUCUUGGUGACAUAGCUUUUGCUUACUCAUUCUCUAUGAUUCUUAUAGAAAUUCAGGACACGGUAAAAGCACCACCUCCGCCAGAGUCGAAAACAAUGAAGAAAGCUACAUUAAUCAGUGUUAUAGUGACCACAUUUUUCUACAUGCUUUGCGGUUGUUUUGGAUACGCGGCGUUUGGAAAUUCAAGUCCUGGAAACCUUUUAACUGGUUUCGGAUUCUAUAACCCAUUUUGGCUCAUUGACAUAGCCAAUGCUGCCAUAGUGAUUCACCUUAUUGGUGCAUACCAAGUUUAUACUCAACCCCUUUAUGCUUUCGUCGAAAACUCCGCCAUGAAAAGAUUCCCUAACAAUUAUUUUAUGAAUAAGAACAUAAAGAUUCCAGUCCCGGGUUUACAUAGGUAUAAACUCAACCUUUUCAAAUUGGUUUGGAGGACAGUUUUUGUAAUAGUAACAACUUUGAUAUCAAUGCUUCUUCCAUUCUUCAAUGAUAUUGUUGGACUUCUUGGCGCACUUGGAUUUUGGCCUCUAACGGUUUAUUUUCCGGUGGAGAUGUAUAUAGUUCAAAAGAAAAUACCAAAGUGGAGCAGAAAAUGGAUUUGCCUUCAAUUGCUUAGUGGUGCUUGUCUUAUAAUCAGUAUUGCAGCUACGGUUGGUUCUAUUGCUGGAAUUGUCCUUGAUCUUAAAGUUUUUAAGCCAUUCAAGAGUAUCUAUUAA